UAUGUACUUAGAGGUGCUGUGAGGGUUACCGACGUGUGCUACAGCUGGAGUCAUUUUUGUCACUGAGGAGCUCACUAAACUUUAUCAAAAAUACUCUGAAACGCGACAGUGACUUUUGUGGUUUGCAGCGGCGGCUUGCUGACGUUAAGUAAGAAGUAAAAGUAGGCUCGUUUUGAACAAACAUUACAUUUUUCUUUAUAUUCAUCGCAGCAGCUAGCGUUUGCUUAACAGACUAUGUUCGACUGUCAGUUCCACGUCUGCCCCAUAUCUAAAGCAGGCGGUUAAAUCGCUAGUUUAAUCCGAAUCUCUGUGUGAUUUCAAUUCAUAGAGUAGACAUUUGACUAGACACAUUUCUCCUCGUUUGAAUGAACUGACAGUUCACGCGACUGCAGACUGUUUUAAGCUUUGACUAAACUGGGAAAGACCGAAAAUGUUUUCUUGUACUGUAUAGUGUGUAACUUGUUUCAUUCGGAUUCACCACAUCGCUCCAUCAGUCUACUUUUAAAUCAGUUUAGCCAAUACUUUUUUUUACCGUUUUGAUGUGUCCUGGGAGAGAACUGGAGGUUGAGUCUGAGGGACGCCGCUUUAUUAUGUCGCUUUUUUUACGGCAAGGCUGAAGGGAAUUUUUAAAAGACCUAAAAAUAAAGUCUCGGUUUCUACUCCACAAAGAAUCAUUUGAACUUCCUACCGCAGAAGCACAAGGACAUAAAUAGUUCUGACAUGUGGAUGUAAUUUCAGAAAAAAGGCAGACAGAUGCAGAGAAAUAAAACUGGAGCGAGUGAGAGAGAGAGUGGGAACAGUUUAAAUCGUGCCUGCAGAUCUGUGUCAACGAAAGCCGCGAGAAUAUAUUCAUAAUAUAAUAUUGCACUCCGCAACAAACGAUGUGAUGGAAAGACGGACGGAUGAGAAAUGACUGGCUCUGUGACGGAGCUUAACUAGACGUAAACAUUAGAGAAAUACGCUGCGAUCAAUUUACAUGAACUUUCUUUCUGCAUCGGGAUGGGAGCCACGCUGAUCGUGCACACUUUGGGGUUUCUCUUUUGCGGCACCUUGCUGAGUUUCGUCUAUGGUUUGGUUGAUGCUGAUGAUGUCCUUACAAAAGAGGAGCAAAUAUAUCUUCUCUUCAAUGCUAAGCGAAAAUGUGAGCGAACAAUCAAGUCUAAACAUAAAAUUGCAGAGGGUUACUGCCUCCCGGAGUGGGACGGAAUUGUCUGCUGGCCCGAGGGAGCUCCUGGAAGAACGGUGUCCACUUCCUGCCCAGACUACAUCUAUGACUUCAACCAUAAAGGACAUGCCUACCGUCGCUGUGAUCUUAAUGGAUCCUGGGAAUUGGCUUCCAAUAACAACAGAACUUGGGCUAAUUACAGCGAGUGUGCCAAAUUCCUUACACAUUACAACCCAAACCCAGAAAGGGAGGUUUUCGAUCGACUUUACCUGAUCUACACUGUGGGCUACUCCAUCUCGCUGGGUUCACUUAUGGUAGCGACAGUCAUCCUCGGAUACUUUCGCCGGCUGCACUGCACCAGAAACUACAUCCACAUGCACCUGUUUGUGUCAUUCAUGCUGAGAGCCAUUAGCAUCUUCGUAAAGGAUGUGGUGUUGUACUCGGGUGCAGCGCUGGAAGAGAUGGAACGCAUCACUGUGGAGGAUCUCAAGUCCAUUACCGAAGCUCCUCCUGCCAACAAAUCCCAGUUUAUUGGUUGCAAGGUGGCUGUCACCCUCUUUUUGUACUUCCUGGCGACUAAUUAUUAUUGGAUCCUGGUGGAAGGCCUGUACCUCCACAGCCUUAUUUUCAUGACCUUCUUCUCAGACAGGAAGUACCUCUGGGGUUUCACUUUGAUUGGCUGGGGUGUUCCUGCGGUGUUUGUGACCAUCUGGGCCAGCGUCAGGGCCACACUUGCAGACACAGAGUGCUGGGAUUUAAGCGCAGGGAACUUAAAAUGGAUCGUGCAAGUCCCUAUUCUCACAGCAAUUGUUGUAAAUUUUUUGUUAUUCCUGAAUAUUAUAAGAGUGUUGGCAACAAAACUCAGAGAAACGAAUGCAGGGAGAUGUGACACGAGACAACAGUACAGAAAGCUGUUAAAAUCCACUCUUGUCUUGAUGCCAUUGUUUGGGGUUCACUACAUAGUGUUUAUGGCGAUGCCCUAUACAGAGGUUUCAGGGGUACCGUGGCAAAUCCAGAUGCAUUAUGAGAUGCUGUUUAACUCAUUCCAGGGAUUCUUUGUUGCAAUUAUAUACUGCUUCUGCAAUGGAGAGGUCCAGGCAGAAAUCAAGAAGUCAUGGAGCAGGAGGACACUUGCUUUGGACUUUAAGAGAAAAGCUCGUAGCGGCAGUAACACGUACAGCUAUGGACCCAUGGUGUCCCACACCAGCGUCACUAACGUGACCGCACGGGGCCCCCUGGCCCUGCACCAUACCACCCGCCUGGGGCCCGUCACCAUCAACGGCCAUCGGAACCUUCCGGGUUACGUGAAGAACGGCUCCGUCUCCGAGAAUUCAAUUCCGUCCUCGGGUCAGGAGCUUCAUAUACAGGAGGAAGAACCUUCGAAGGACUUUCACGAAGAAAAAACCACCCCGGUUGUGGAGGAAGAAAGGGAAACGGUCAUGUGACUUUGCAGACCUCAAAAAGAUGACACGUGUCAUACAUCAUUAUGAAAAUACAUUAAAGGAUGAAGGAGUCCUUUGUUCCUCAGGAUUUUCUCACAGUUUUGGUUGUGGGACCAUCUCAGAUGAUUUGAGCUACAAUGACGGACUGUGAUCAGCGUCUUUUAAAUGAGCCACAAUGUUUUUGCAAGACUGGAUUUUAUACAGACACCAGGAAUUCUGAGAAUAAGUUUGGAGAAUAAGAAAAAAAAAUUCUGGUGAAUACCCUUUAUAUGUUGCACGUGUGUUUCUGCAUUGUGAAUAAAAUGCUGUCGCUUUCAGGUUCUCAUCUCCAUUAUAUGCUCCAGGAUCAAGCCAUCGGAAACACAUGGCAGUGUGGACAGUGAAUUGUAAAUAAGAAUCUCAUGUUAUUUUAAAUACAA